AAACCACUUGAUAACGAGAAAGAACAUUGAUUAAACUUUUCAAAAUUACCUACGCAACGAAAAACUGCGCUUAGCAACGGUAUCACACAAUAUAUUUUAUAUCAACCAUUUUAUUUCAUUUUCUGAGUAUUAUUUCAUAUAAUUAUUAAAAUGGCGUGUAACGAGAACGUUAUUAAGAACAUGGCGAAUGAAAUAACGAGGAACUGCCAGGGCCACGCGCUGACCGUCGACCCUGAGUUCGUUAUUUAUAUGAUCGACUUGUUGCUUCUGAACCCUAAGUACGGCAAGCUCUUCGCUAAAACCAUUAAUAGGAAUAACUUGGCCUAUUUUGUGGAUGAAUGUGUUUCUAUGCUUACUCGUAAGUACCUACCUACUUUUUAGACAGUGAGAGUUCACCAUCUUCUUCAUGUAGUGUCAACUCUAUAAUCCUUAAACGGGUACAUAAGUAGGUACGUACAUAGCAUAGUACACGUUACUUGAAUGGUUAGAGUUCAGACUACCCACAUGUAGAACUCCGUUUUGACCAAAAUGUGAGCUGCGAUUUUUUUGGCUUGUUACGUAGAUUAAUCCUCAAACAUUUUCCAGAUGGAGGAACUGCACUAAAUACAUUGAAAAUGCAGUUUAUUCUCCAAACGAAUUACGACAAACUGCAACAUUUGAUCGACAAGCAUUUGGACACCAUUGAGAAGUGUUUGCGCCCACUCGUCAAUGAGAUUCUGGAUAUGGACCCUGAAUUGACCAAUGAACCUGAAUUCCAUAAGCUGUUUAGAAAAAUAUCAAUUUAUAUUAUACUUGCUAGUGGAUUAGGGAACCCUGGGUUUAUCACUACCUUAAAAGAAGGCAUGGCCGCUUUAGAAAGCGUGUUCGGUAUGGAAGACCUGAAGCUGUUCGUGGCACUGCCUCGCAAGGAGAAGACUGCUCAACUUGAAGUACUGCUGGGAAUCACUUCAGGAGUCAGGCUGUUUAAUGGAGACUGCAAGAAGGGGGGAGAGGGAAUACCUGAUUUACCACAUAACCUGGUAGAUGCCGGCAAGGCGUGCAUGGCGUCUCUCUCGAACUCCCUCAUAACGGUGAUGCAGCGAGUCAACAACCUCACGACAGCCAUUGAAGAGGCUAUCACAAUACAAGAGGAAACCGGCAACGUUGUGAUAGACAUUACGAAGAACACUGAAGUUACUUUAGAGGAUUACAAAGAAAUCUUCGACCUGCUAGCAUUCAACCGCCAAUACGAGGUGUUCAUUCGCAAGCUGUUAGCUGAUGUGGAGUCCAUGACGCAUAAUGGCGCUCAAUACGUUGAGAGAGUGAAAGCAGUUCUCCAGGAGUUGCAUGCAGCAGUCAAGUAUAAGGCUGCCGUGCCUGUUCAGAAUGUUUUUCCUCUGUUCACCAAACUAUGGGAAGUAUGGCGCGCUAUGCAGAACGUGAUGUUCCUAGUAUCCACCGUAAACAGGCUCAUGGCUAUCAUGGGCAGCAUCCAGGAUCAGAUCAAGAUGCCGUCCAAGGUCAUCAACAAGAUGCUCAAGGGGAGAACUGUUAUAUCUGAUCAUAGCCGAGUGAAUGCCCGGCCGAGCGUGCAGGACCGCUUAUCCCUAGGCUCGUUAUCAAACUACGUGGCAACUUCAAGCAGCUCCGAGAUCCUCGGUAUAAAGCAGGCAGAAUUUUUAGGAUUUUGUGCGCUAUGUUUGAGUGUGGGCGCCUUAGUCCCAAGCAACGCGAAGCUUGGCCUGAUCAGGGCUAAGGGAGGCUACUACGGAUUUUGCAACGUCAAGAUGGCUUCCAGAUUCAGUAAGGAGCCCGAGAGGUACAUCAACGAGGUCCUGAAUUACGCGCGUAACAACCCUCAUCUGAUCAAUUUACUGAACAUCGUGGAGAACGUGUAUCACGUCAAAGACGUCGACGAUCUCAUUGUUAUUCGUGUGCCAAAAACUAAGGUAUUUGAUAAGGAUAUUCAGACUGAAGAUCAUCCUUUGGAAUCCUAUAAAGCAAAGAACUACACCUGGGACCUCUGGGAGUGGAAGAGGAGGGCAUGUCAAUGGGCGUCAAUUGUAAACUGCCAAACACACUCAACUCAAACGAACUACAGUCACCUCCGUUCUGACAUACAAUGUCAGACCGUGGAGCCUCGCGACAAGUGUCUGCAGACGAAUAAGGACGUGGGCAUUAAUACCAUACCUGAUAACUACUUCCUAUGGGGUCUGAGGGGACAACGCGGCUAUGGGCAGCACUCCAUGGACCUUAGACCCCAGCAUUCGGCGGAGAAGUUAAAACCUGAACGUACAAUACGCUUGCCUUGUCUGGAGUACGAAUCCAGUUCUACAGAGGUGCUAAAGAUGGAAAGCAACUGUUUGAAUUAGGAAACAUACGAGAUUUUUUGUCAAUAUUAUGAUGGUACUAGGUCGAAAAGGUUUUUUGCCCUGACUGAAAUUAACUUUUGAAUAGGUAUGGUGCAUUAUGGUACCGAGGAUUAUCUGAAUAACAGUCUUUUUAGAGAUAGUUGUAUAUGUUAUUUGGGAGUUUUAAUCAAAACUAUUUUAAACAAUCAAAGAACUAAUCAAUAUUUUUUAUCUCUAUUGCUAUUUAUACACUCAAAAUAUUUUAAAAAAUUCAAUCAAAGUAAAUCCAAAAAUAUAUAAUAUAUUAUAGCGGAUGAUAUAUUACGUUAAUUUUAAUUAUAUUUUUUACAUUUUUAAUAAUUAAUUAAAAUUACGAAUAUAAAACAGUCAUGGAGAUCAUGGUGGAUUUCUCGUAGGAAUGAUGUAUUAUGGUGGCUGGGCAAAUUUCAUGCCAUUCUAGGAAUUCGGGAGUCACAAUGGUGACUGGGUUGAGGGGGUCAAAUAGGCAGUCACUCCAAACGUCCAGGUCCAAGCGGUAGUCCAAAUAGGAAGCCGAGCCCCAACAUAGUUGGGAAAAGGCCUAAAAUCCUAGAUGGAUGGUGUAUGUCAGAUGGCCAGUAGGUAUUAGCUGUGCCAUGGAGACUACGACCUACUUCGUAACUCCGAAUAAAAAGUGCCAGUAAUGGCUGCAAUCGACAAAAAAAGGAUUUAAAAUAUAAAAAUAGGCAGCCACUGAUAUCGGGCACAGGGUCCAAGGUACCCGAAAAUAGGGCCCCGGAGGCAGAAACCUCCUCACAAUACGCGACAUAUCAAGGAGUACUGCCUUCUGAAUCAGUCCCUUGAUCCAGCCGCCUGACGAGAGCCUCAUGAGGUGUUGGUUGUGGCUCUUGCGUGGCAUUGGCAGUGACGACAAUCAGCACAAUAACAGCCGUGUCGACAUUCCACAUAGCGAAAACCUCGUGCGCUAAGUCUAGAGAUCCUUUAUUUGUGUCCCUUUCUCAGCUUUCACGAGGUUUUCGUCAUGCGGAACCGCGACGAGCCAUUAUUAUUAUCAUCGGUCUGAGGGUAAGGGACAUGGGGAGUCCGUGAGCCUAAGGCCCAAGUUCGCAACAACGUACACGUCAUUUAUCUUAAAACAACUGUUUAUUGUGAUUUUUACGUUCAAUUUUCAAAGUAAGCAAUUGUUUUUUUAAGAAAAACGGUCGUUUAUGUUGUCGGCGAAAAUGGGUCUAAUAAAAAGACCUGUGUCGGCGUCGCGCAGUGUUCCGCGAAUGCCACUCUUUAAUUUGCAUGGGACCAUGGGGGCAAGUGUUGUGAAGUUUAAACAGCAAUGCCAAUGCAGAAGGGCUCCAGUGUGAUGAUUGUGACGAAAUACAAAGGCAAAAAAGGUCGCAUCUACAUUUAGUGGGACCUUUAAAAUGACUGUAUCGCUCGUCCUUGGGCCUGCAGAAAUGCUCUAUCCCAAAAAACUGUUCCACAAACGAUUGUCUGAAUUAAUGUAAAAUCGUUGAGAUAUCCUUGAUACUUGAGGUGAGGGCGAUAUUCAGGGGGCAAGUAGUUCAUACACGAACAGUUCACAUUUGUAACAAACCCAUGGCCCAUGUGACGGAUAGUCUACCUUCGUAACACCGUGUGGUUUUAGUCAGUAGGAGUCUGACAGACUCCUGCGGUAUCCCCAAAUCGCAGGACAUCCAUGAGGAUUUCCACACGUUAAACAAGAAAAAAAAAUACGUAGCUACUUUAUAAUAUAGCAGGUUUCCGUGGCUAUUUUAUAUUAAUACAAAUAAUAUUUAUUUUGAAAAUAAAUUUCCGCUGUCUUUGCGUUGUAAAUGAAAUCAUUUGAGCUUCACAAUUUUGCAUAUCUAGGUAUGACUUGAUAGAUUUUUUUCUUGCUUUACAUUUUUUGUAAGGGCAAAAAACCUUGUUGAUCAGCUCCUUAAUAUACUAUACUUAUUUAUAAAAUGUUAUUUAGUUUAGAGAUAAGACUUUGAAGAAUAAACCCUGAAGAAAAUCUCUUUGUUUUCUUUGUCCACCCUACUUUUCGUAUUAAAAUCUAACUAGAUUUUGAUUCCAAAUAAAAUUCCAACGUAGUUAAGGUUUU